AUGGAAAAUGACACCCAUACCUCUACAGACUUCAUCCUCCUGGGCCUGUUCCCCCCAUCAAAGGUUGGCUUCUUCCUCUUCAUUCUCCUCAUCCCCAUCUUCCUAAUGGCCCUGGCCGGCAACCUGUCCAUGGUCCUGCUCAUCCUCCUGGAUGCCCAGCUCCACACACCCAUGUACAUCCUGCUCAGUCAGCUCUCACUUGUUGAUCUAAAUUAUAUCUCCACCACUGUCCCCAAGAUGGUUUCGGGUUUUUUAUUUGGAGACAAGUCCAUCUCUGUCCUUGGAUGUGGGUUCCAGAGUUUCUUUUUCCUGACUCUAGCAGGUGCAGAAGCACUGAUCCUGAUGUCCAUGGCCUAUGACCGUUACGUGGCCAUUUGCUCUCCUCUGCACUAUCCCAUCCGCAUGAACAAAAGAGUGUGUGUGUUGAUGGUCCUGGGAUCCUGGGCAAUGGGCGCUAUCAAUUCUUGUGCACACACAGUGUAUGCUCUUCAUGUCCCUUACUGCAGGUCCAGGGCCAUCAAUCACUUCUUCUGCCAUGUCCCAGCCAUGCUGACUCUGGCCUGCAUGGACACCAGGGUCUAUGAGUACACCGUGUUCAUUAGUACCAUCCUUUUUCUGGUGUUUCCUUUCCUGGGUAUUCUAUGUUCCUAUGGACGGGUCCUUCUUGCUGUCUACCGCAUGCGCUCCCGGGAGGGCAGGAAGAAGGCCUAUUCCACCUGCAGCACCCACCUCACGGUGGUGACUUUCUACUACACACCUUUUGCUUACACUUAUCUCCGCCCAAAGUCCCUCCGAUCUCCAGCCGAGGACAAGGUCCUGGCUGUCAUUUACACCAUCCUCACCCCCAUGUUCAACCCUGUGAUCUACAGCCUGAGGAACAAGGAGGUGCUGGGGGCCCUGGGAAGAGUGACUGGGAAGUUCUGCUCUCUGAAAAUGUAG